UGAGGAGUGUUCGUGGAGUUUGCUCCAGGAAGAAUGAGCUUCCCAGCAAAGGUUCUCGCAGGGAGCUACUUUGCCAGCCAUUUCAUCAUGGGAGGUGAGAAGUUCGACUCCACGCACCCAGAGGGAUACCUCUUUGGAGAGAACAGCGACUUGAACUUCCUGGGAAACAGACCUGUGGUGUUUCCUUAUGCUGCCCCACCCCCCCAGGAGCCAGUGAAGACACUCAGGAGUUUAAUCAACAUCCGAAAGGACACUCUGCGCCUAGUCAAGUGUGCAGAGGAAGUGAAGACCCCUGGAGAGGAAGUCAGCAAAGCCAAGGUCCACUACAAUGUGGAGUUCACCUUUGACACCGACGCCCGGGUGGCAAUCACCAUUUAUUACCAAGCCACUGAAGAAUUCCAGAAUGGAGUAGCCAGCUACCUCCCCAAAGACACCAGCCUGCAGUCAGAGACGGUCCAUUACAAACGAGGGGUGUGUCAGCAGUUCUGCGUCCCCUCCCACACCGUCGAUCCGUCUGAGUGGGCAGAAGAGGAGCUGGGCUUUGACCUGGACCGAGAGGUGUAUCCCAUGGUGGUGCAUGCAGUCGUGGACGAGGGAGAUGAGCACCUCGGCCAUUGCCACGUCCUGCUGGCCACUUUCGAGAAGCAUGCAGAUGGUAGCUUUUGUGUGAAGCCUCUCAAGCAGAAACAAGUGGUGGAUGGAGUCAGCUACCUCCUUCAGGAGAUCUACGGGAUCGAGAACAAAUACAACACGCAGGACUCCAAGGUAAGGGGGUGUCCCCGGGGCGGAGGGCUGCAGAACCUGCGGGUGGGAGCAUUCCGAGCCUUGCUUCAGAUCCGAGCAAUGAGGAAAAAACUUGGUCCUCUCUCUCCAGCCAACUUCAGCCCAAUCAUUGGGUCCCAAACGUCCGAUUCUGAGGAGCACUCGUCUUCUGAGAACAUCCCUCCUGGCUACGAGGUGGUGUCUCUGCUGGAAGCUCUCAAUGGGCCUCUCACUCCAUCCCCGGCCGCCCUUCCGCUGCACGGGCUUGGGGACAGCCGUGGGGCCGGGAUGCUGCCGUCGUAUGGCAGCGACAGCCACCUGCCUCCCAUCAGGACACUCUCUCCCCUUGACCGCUUGUCGGACUGCAGCAGCCAAGGGCUCAAACUCAAGAAGAGCCUGUCACAGUCAGUGUCCCAGACCUCCUCUGUCCUGCAUGAAGAAGAGGAGAAGUCCUGCAGCGAAUCAGAAAUCAGGAUUGCCAGGAGGAAGUCUCCUCGUCAGCAGGAGGAGGAAUGUGGCGUGACCCCAGAGAGUGAAAACCUCACCUUGUCCUCCUCGGGAGCAAUCGAUCAGUCGUCAUGCACAGGAACCCCUCUCUCCUCCACCAUCUCCUCCCCAGAAGAUCCUGGCAGCAGCAGCCUGGCCCAGUCCAUCAUGUCCAUGGCCUCCUCCCAAAGUCAGCACUCCCAGAUCAGCACAGACACUGUGUCCUCCAUGUCUGGCUCCUACGUCGCUCCGGGCACCGAGGAGGAGGGGGACAUGCUCCCAUCCCCUGCAGCUGCCAGCGGGAUUCCUUCAGAAGGAGAGUCAACCCCUGUGGAAUCUCCGGAUACGAAUUUUGUCAGUAUCCCUGCAGAGGAGCAAGAUGCGGAGGGGAACGACGUUCUGGAUGAAGAGGCCGGAUCUCCCACCCAGGAAGACGGCCAGAGGACAGGUGCUUUCCUAGGUAUGGAGUGUGACAAUAACAAUGACAUUGACAUCGUGAGCGUGAAAGCGCUGGACAAUAAGCUGUGCUCUGAAGCCUGCUUCCCUGGCAUCCAGGGGUCAGAUGACAAUGCCCUGACCCGCAGGCGAGCCCAGAGGCACCAUCUGUCUUCCAGCAGCAUCAGCCUGGAAGACAAGGAAGAUAUGCAGGGCGUGAUGGGCCCGCUGGCUGUCUGAAGAGACUCCACCCCCCAGGACUGCAUGCUCAUUCCAGCCUCACACAGAGUAGAGGGCAAAGCCCCCCACCCAUCACUUCCCUGACACUAAAGAAACACAGAGCACCAGCUCUGUGGGCAUUAACACUCAAAUCCAGCAGAUGUAGCGACACUGAUUUUUACAGAAUGUAGCCUGGACCUCUCAUUGCUCCUCUGGGCAGACCCCUUCUCGCUAUUUAUGCUAAGGCAAACUGAGCUCGCCGUGGUAACAGCAGAAGGGGUUUUGUUUGAAUGAAGGCCGUAUGACUCCUCAGUUCUGAGCCUUUCCAGUCUUCUCCUGGCAUGUGUCCACCUUCUGUAGCUAAGGGAUUGUCGGUCCUCUCCCUACCCAUUCCUGUCUCCUUCAGCGUGGUGACCGGGGAGGAAAGAGCUGAUGUUUUACACCCUUCCUCCAUGCCUGCCUCUUCUCUCCAGUCUCUGCUGAUGGUUUAAGCCUCCACCUUCUUAGCUGGGCCCAAGGGAGCACUGAAAGGUCUGCCUGCUUGCCCCUGCAAGAGAUGUUCCAGGGCGGGUGGUCUGCAUGACACGGGGGGCCUCCACCUUGAGGGGCGAGGGAGGGGGAUGAGUGUUAGUCUCUGGGUUAGAGAGGUGGCUGCCAUCUGCACUUGGCAGCUGGUUAAGAGAAGAGCAUGAUUGGGAGCAAGCCAUGGGCAGGCUCUCCCUCCCCUGUCCAUCUGCACUCACUAUUAGCUCACCUCCAUCUACCUCACAAGUGUCUCCACCUCGCGCUCUCAGCUGCAUGUGCCCCGCAGGUGUCCGUUCCCCAAGAGGUGAAGCUAAACCCUGAUCUCAUUAAAGUCAAUGGGAACAUGGCUCUGGCCUUCCGGGGGACCAGGAUUCAGCUGCUAGUGUUCAUGGUGAGCCUCCAAGGAGCAGGCAUGCUGACAGAUGAAGGCUGGCAUACCUGAAUAGGUACACUUCAGUGUGCAAAAGACUGUGCAUAUGAGGGUUAUGUGCAUGCACCCUGAAGCACGUAUGUGCACGCGGUUG